CGGAAACGAGGGGUCGACAUCAUGUUGGGCGCAGUUCGCGAUUUGCAAGACCAUACGGCGAGGACGGCACACGGAGUACAGCGAGUCUCAAUUUCUUACCCUGUGCAACUCCUCUCCUUGUCCUACCGAACUCCCUACAAAACUUCCUGCAUCCUGCUGCAACCCAACAGAUCCUGUCACGCCCCAACUGACCAGUCGACAUGUCCGGACUCAAGGCAGGGGACAGCUUCCCUGACGACGUGGUCUUCUCAUACGUACCCUACACCGAAGAAAGCGCCGCCAUAACGGCCUGCGGCAUUCCACAGAACUACGCGGCCUCGAAAGAGUGGAAGGACAAGAAAGUCGUCCUGUUCGCCGUGCCUGGCGCUUUCACACCGGGAUGCUCCGUGCGCCAUCUGCCCGGAUACAUUGAGAAUCUAGAGAAGAUCAGGGGCAAGAAAGUCGAUAUCGUCGCCGUGCUGGCCUUCAAUGAUGCUUGGGUCAUGGAUGCAUGGAGCAAGGCCAAUGGGAUUAAGAACCGGGAGGAAGAUAUUCUCUUCCUCAGCGACCCUGAAGCCAAAUUCUCCAAGUCGAUAGGCUGGAACCUUGGUGAGCGGACCGCCAGAUAUGCUAUGAUAAUCGACCAUGGCAAGGUCGUCUACGCGGAGAAGGAGCCCGGCAGAGACGUUACGGUUUCGGGUGCACUGGCCGUGCUCGCUAAGCUAUGAUGGUAUCAAGUCUAGUGUGCCCGGUGCGAAGUAUCGCAAGCUUCUGCCUCCUGCGAGCAAGCUGCAGAGUUUAUCCGUACAGCCCGGGGAGAACUCUGUGCAUCAGAUCAAAAUCAAUCAUAGAAGAAGAAUAUAAAAUAGAGAUGCCCAGCGAUAUGUUUCAUACA